UUGGACAGAGCGCGUUUUGGUUGGCUGAGGCGUGCCCGUCGAGGCAGGGGAUUGGCUGGAGGGGGGCAAGGCGGAAGUGGCGCUGAUGGCGACAUGGAGGUCCCUCCCCAGGACUACCGGAACGUGCCCAUCGACAUCCAGACCGGCAAACUCCUGGACUGGCUCGUGGACAGGCGCCACUGCAGCCUGAGGUGGCAGAGCCAAGUGCAGCUGAUCCGGCAGCGGAUUGACGUGGCCAUCCAGGACAUGCCGGAGAACCAGGAGAUCAAACAGCUCCUGGAGGGAUCCUAUCUGCACUACUUCCACUGCCUGAGGAUCGUGGAGAUCCUCAAGGGCACCGAGGCCUCCACCAAGAACCUCUUUGGCCGUUACUCGUCCCAGCGGAUGAAGGACUGGCAGGAGAUCGUGGCCCUCUAUGAGAAGGAGAACACCUACCUGGCCGAGCUCUCCAGCCUCCUGGUCCGCAGCAUCAGCUACGAGAUCCCGUCCCUGCGGAGGCAGCUCGGGAGGUGCCAACAGGCCCAGCAGGACUUUUCCCGGCGGGAAGAGGAGUGUCAGGUGGGAGCAGCCGA